AUGGAGGCGGUGCUUAGUCCCCCGUUGAGUCAAGGCGUUGCCUACGGUAUCGUACUUGGCUUUGGAAUUGUAUUUGCUUUGACGAUGAACCUUAUCACGUGGAUAUCGCGUAAAUAUCUUCAUGAAUCCUCCGAUACAACCAUGCUGAUGACUGCGAAAAAAACAGUCAAAACUGGACUGGUUGCCUCGGCUGUCGUUUCAUCUUGGUGUUACGCCGCUACAAUUUUAAAUUCUGUUAGAUUGACGUAUAUAUUUGGUUUCCCGGGAUUGUGGUGGUUCGUCAGUGGUGCUACAUGCCAGAUUGUGCUAUAUGCAGUCAUUGCAAUCGAGCUGAAGCGACGCGCACCUCGUGCUGACACUAUCCUGCAUGCCUUGCGGAUUCGAUUCGGAACGGUGACACACAUCAUAUUCUUUGUUUACGGAGUAUCUGUACAGAUCCUUAUCACAGCAGCACUGUUACUUGGCGGAUCGGCAGCAUUUAACGUCACUACAGGCGCUAAUACAAUAGCCAUGAAUUAUCUUAUCCCUACUGGGGUUGUCAUCUACACUUAUCUCGGCGGGCUAAAGUCUACCUUUCUAUCUGAUUAUAUUCACACGGUUAUAAUUUUCGUUAUUCUCCUUAUCACCAUGUUUUCCGUGAUGAGUCCAGCAAGUAGUGUUCCUGUACUUGGCUCUCCAGGGAAACUAUGGGAACUUUUACAAACAGCCGCCGUUGACCAUCCCGCGGUCGGUACCAAGAAUGGAGAAUAUCUUACAAUGGAAUCAAGCCAGGCCGUUUUGCUCGCCGCUGUCAUUCUUGUGUCUGGAUUUGGCUCUGUCUUCGUAGAUCCAUCAUAUGGCCAGAAGGCCAUUGCUGGGGAGCCUUUCGCGGUUGUGAAGGGCUAUAUGUACGGAGGCUUCGCAUGGUUUGCGAUUCCUCUUGGUUUAUGCGCCACGAUGUCCUUUGUCGCGGUGGCACUGCAAGACUCAUCCUACUGGCCAGUGGAAGGCGGCAUCACCGCGUAUCAAAUCAACAAUGCUCUGAUACUUCCGCUCGCCGCUCAGGCUGUGAUGGGGAAGGGAGGUGCAGUUGCUGUCAUUUCAAUGGUUUUUAUGGCGGUCACUUCUUCAUUUUCCGCCGAAAUCGUCGCACAUGCAUCCAUUGUUACUUUUGACAUUUAUCAGCCUUACAUAAACCCUAAAGCUGACGACAAGAAGCUUAAAGUCGUAUCACACGCCAGUCUAAUAUUUUUCUCAAUCUUUUCAGCGUCAUUCUCUACUGCGCUGAAUGCGUCAGGAAUCAGUAUGGGCUGGAUCCUCGAAUUUGUCGGUGUAGUCCUCGGCGCUGCGGUUGUGCCCAUUACUUUGGCCAUCACCAAUUCACACGUAACUUCACGCUAUAUGACUAUUGCGGCGCCAACAGGGACCAUCACCGGACUUGCAGCAUGGCUAGGAGUAUCAAAGGGUAUUUUUGGUGUUGUCGAUAUCAAUUCGACUUACGAGAACUGGAGCAUGUUUGCGGGAUGUGCCACAAGUUUAUGUGUGCCAACGAUCAUAUGGGUCUCCAUGAGGCCUUUCAUGGCAGAACCAUAUGAUUGGGAUCGUUUAUUCCGCAUGGAUUCAAUUGAGCCGCGAGCAGGUGAUGUGGUCUACGAGCAUGGCGACGUGAGCGACUUGGGCCACGACUGGGAUCCAAUAGCAUUACGAGCAGCUGGGGCUCGAGCGAAGUGGGUUUCAGCGAUCCUCUGCCUCAUUUUUUUGGUUAUUAUUCCGUUUUCUCUUUACGGUAGUGGUUAUGUAUUCUCCCGUGGUUUCUUUACUGGCUGGACAGUUAUUGUGUUCUUGUGGUCUUGGGUCGCAGCAUUUCUGAUUUGGUGCAUGCCUGUCUGGCAAAGCAGGCAUCAAUUGUGGACUGUCGUCCUUCGUCUCUUCCAAUUGAAAAAAAGAACGGAAGAGACUCUAUACAAAAGUGAACCAGCGGACCAUGUCCAGGUCACGGACAUUAAGCUUAAAAAAUGA